AUGAUGCAGAACAAGCAAGGAGUGAGCGGUAGGCUCGGUGGAGCCUCGCGCGUGAACAAAACCAACGGAAUCGUUGGAGACAACCCAAGUGUCAGCCCCCCUGCGGCGGAGGCGGAGGAUUUAAAAAAAAUAAACCUGAAAAUCACUGAUGAGGAAAUCAGGAUGCAUCUGAAAAUAAUCGAGGCACUGUACCCUAACAUGAAGCCCAAAGUAGAUAAACUAAUAAACGGGACGUAUAACAUUUUCACCAAAUUUCUAAUACAAUCUCAUAUAGAUGACUACAACUCCUUCGUAAAUGUGUACCUGAAGAACAUGCCUGAGAACAUUCCAGUGGUGGAAUUCUCCCCCAAAAUAAACACAUACGCUACGCAAAACUUUAACAGUAAAUCAACAGAUUCGAUAAAAUUCUACGUAAGUGACAUAAGAAUAAGAAACCCCGUGUUGAAAAACGAUAAGGGCGAAACAAGAAACGACUAUCCCUAUCUGUGUAAACUAUCAGCCAGAACAUAUGAAGGAGAAAUUACAUUAAAAAUAAACAGAAAAACGAAUGAUGAAAUAAUUAGCACGACAGUGAGUGCAGGAACCAUCCCUGUGAUGGUAUUGUCAAAUCUGUGUAAUUUGAGUAGCUUAAGUAAAAAGAUGCUCCCUCAAAAGGGAGAAGACGAAAGUCUAUUAGGAGGAUUCUUCGUCAUCUCAGGACAUUUAAAAGUUAUAAGAUAUGUAAUUCAUCCAAAGUAUAAUACUAUUCUACUUAAUGAUGAAAAUAAAGUCCACAUGAAUUGCCUACUAAAUGAUAAUUCAGUUUAUGUAAACUUUUUGUCUUGUCCCAAAUUUGAUUUCUUUACCUAUGGAGCUAGAUACCAAAAUUCCCUCAUGGUAGUCCCUCUGCAUAUUAUUCUGUUACUUCUAAGUCCCAUCAAGAAAAAAAGUUACUUAUUCAAUAAAAUGAAAAUGGGAAUAAAAAAUGAAAAUGCAGUAAAGUAUAUUGAACAGUAUAUCCAGUCCAUAUUUAUGAAAAAUGGACUAAACGAAAAAGAAGUCUUCGAAAAAUAUAAUUUGAAGUAUCUAGGCAACAGUUCCUAUUUCAGGAGGGGAAUAUUUCGUUAUAAUGUCGCCCCUGGUGAGAGAAAAGGUAAAAUAAUUCUCAGGUAUGCGAUUCUACCUCACAUCCAGAGCUACUCAGAGAAAUUCGAAACGAUUUGCAUGAUGUUUAAGACAUUAAUUUUUAGCAAGUUUAAGUUAAUGGCGAAAAUUAAUAAGGACUCUCUUGAAAACCAUGCAGUCACCACUUGUAGCCAUUUGCUGUCAAACUUGUUGAAGGAACAAAUUCUCACUUGCCUCGGCCGCUUAGUUUUCAGAUAUAGCAGAAAUUUUUACAAAUUUUAUGAGAAAAAAUAUGAUUCAUUUAAGGUCAUGGUGAAGCAGAUUUACCUUCGUUACAAGGAGAUGGUUAUGGACGAACUGGACGAGAAGCACCUCAACAUGGUGCCGCUGGAGGGUGAUGACUCGGAUAUUUCCAAGGCAGCAGAUUCAGGUAACCAGCUCGCCAUGAGCAAUAAAAGCGAAGCAGUGAAAAAACUAAAAUCCAUCUUCAUGGACGAGAAGGAAAAGCUCUUCAGCAGCGUCGAGAGCUAUAUUCAGGAGCUUUACAACGACAACAAUCUCUUCGUAGAUAUUUCAAAGAGUUUCAUAACGCUCACUAUGCCCAUCAUAUUCUUUUUCAAAACGGGGAAUAUUUCUUCAGAAAAUAUAGGGUAUCAGCAAAGAAGUGGAUGGGUCAUCGGAGCAGACGAAAUUAACAGUCUCCGAUUUAUUACCAAUUUUAGAGCAAUACAUAGAGGAUGUUUUUUUCAGGAAGUUAAAGUUUUAAGUCCAAGAAAAUUACUGGGAGAAGCAUGGGGGUUUAUAUGUCCCGUCCAUACGCCUGACGGUUCCCCUUGCGGUUUGCUAAAUCAUUUGUCUCAAUUUAGUUACGUUCACAAUUCGGCUAGCAACGAAUCACAUAAAUUGAAUAUAAAAUUGUACUUAAAAAAAAUUGGCGUUAACGUAAAUCUGGAUGAUACUAGUGGUAUCCCCACAAUAUAUGAAGACCAAACCAUCCCCAUCCUUGUGGACUCGGUUCCCAUAACGUACAUAAGUGAGCAAGACUUCAACAGAGUUGUAUACAAGUUAAAAUAUGCCAAGAAUCACAACCUCUACAAUUUAAAAGCCUACUUUGAAAUCAAUGCCUACCUGAAUGAACCCCUCUUGAUGGACUCCAUAAUAAUUAACACCUUCCCCGGGAGAUUGAUCAGGCCCUUGUUUAAUUUAAAAAUGAAGUGCAUAGAGUACAUUUCACCGGCUUAUCAACCUUACGUAGCUAUUGCCAUAAAUUACGAACAUAUCAAGAAGAACAAUUUAGCUAGAAAAAUGUUAAGGAUGAAGGAGCGCUUAGUUCGUUCCAAAAAAGGGACGCAACAAAAAAUGACUAUAAAGGAGCAGUAUUUAUUUCAUGCCAGGAGGAUGAAAUUGGCAUCCUCCUCAAAGGGAAAUGCUCUGCAAAAUAGCAGUCCUGUGAAGGAGGAUUCUGGGGCGUCGGAAUCGAAGAUUAGCAGAAAAGUGUUGCAACUUCUGGAAGAUUCUGAAAACAAGGAGAGGGAACAUACUGAUAGCCAGGGGGACAUUACAGAUGGCGAAGACGACUACAUAAGCAGCUCAAACUACGACUCGAGCGGGGACUCGUGCGGAGAAGGAAGCGAUGAUCAAAGCAAUCGUCAAAGUGACGACAGAAGCGACAAACGUGAGGGAAAAUAUCGCCACAGCGUACCUCCCACCUCCUACACAGACAGCGACGAAAAUGUAAACCUUGACAUCUACGAGCAAAUGCCGGAAAAAUUCGAAUACAUGGAAUUGAAGGAGACCUCUUUCCUGUCCUUCUUGGGAUCCCUGACCCCGUUUUCCGACCACAAUCAAAGCCCGCGUAAUAUUUACCAGUGCCAAAUGUUGAAGCAGACGAUGGGUAUACAAAGCUUAAACAUGAUGUAUACAUUCACGAACAAAAUUUAUAGGAUGAUAACUCCUCAAUAUCCACUAGUGGUCACAAGAGAUUACGAACUGUAUGGAGUGGAUAAUUUUCCUAGCGGCACGAAUGCAGUUGUGGCCAUUUUGGCGUACACCGGAUACGAUAUGGAAGAUGCACUGAUUAUAAACAAGUCCAGUGCAGAAAGAGGUAUUUUCAGGACCCAUAUUUACAAAACCAUAAUUAUCGACUUGAAGAAAAAUCAUGGUGCUGGGGAUUUUGCACUAGGAAAUAAUGUUAGAUACACGAACAAAAAUGCGGGGACAAAUGCAACUAGCGCGAACAGUACCAGCACAGCGAAGAAUAAUUUAAAAUUUCAGUACGAACAUAUGGGCAAGUUUUUAAAUAAGGACGGCUUGCCUCGCGUGCAACAGAAGAUGGUGGAGCUCAAUCCGCUCUACUCCUAUGUCAAUAAAGCAAGCGAACUAACCGUGUACGAGAAAUUUAAAGAACAUGGAGAAUAUUACGUAGACUGUGUAACUAAUUACAAAAGUACGAAGAAUCAAAUUGGCAUCAUCCGAUUACGCACGACAAGACCACCUCUCGUGGGAGAUAAAUUUGCAUCAAGACAUGGACAAAAGGGAGUUGUUUCCAGAUUGUUUCCACAUGAAGAUAUGCCCUUUUCGGAAAGUGGUAUUGUCCCCGAUGUCAUUUUCAACCCUCAUGGUAUACCCUCACGUAUGACCAUUGGUAUGCUUAUCGAGAGCAUUUGUGGAAAGGCUGCCUGCAUGUAUGGCAAGAGAAUUGACGCCACUCCUUUUAGGAAGUACACCAAACAGAAAAGUUUCAACAAUGAGUGGAUUGACAACUGUGGCGUUAAGGGAUUUCUAGAGCAAGUUAAACAGGGCAAAAAUGAAGAUGGAAAGGAUAGUAGUUCCCACGCUCCUGGGGAGGAGGUUGGCCACAGCCAUAAGGGGAAAAAAAAAAAUGAUAUUCCCAAGGGAGAAACCCCAAAGGGCGAAAAAAACAAUAUCACGUAUGACGAAAAAAUUGACUACUUCGCAAAGCUGCUGUUAAACAAGGGCUACGAUUAUUAUGGAACGGAGUUAUUGUACAGUGGCAUAUAUGGGGUACCCCUCCAAGCGCACAUUUUCUUUGGCGUCAUUUAUUACCAAAGGUUAAGACAUAUGGCUUAUGACAAGGCGCAAGUCAGGCGAACAGGACCAAUCUGUAACUUAACCCAUCAGCCCUUGAAGGGAAAGAAAAAACAUGGAGGAAUCAGAUUAGGAGAAAUGGAACGAGAUGGUUUAAUAUCUCACGGUUGCAGUUUUAUAAUUAAUGAAAGAUUUCUCAUUAACUCAGAUGGACAUGAGUGCUUCGUUUGUCCCCAGUGUGGACUAAUCCUAUCCCCAAUUAUGCAGUUCACCUGUAGUGGGGAAAUGGUUAAGGGGAGAAGCAUUGGUGGAAGGAGUAAAGUAGCAGUUUGCAAGUCUUGUGGCGUUUCUUGUAAAAUUGUUUAUGUCCCCUAUGUUUUGCGCUAUUUACUAAAUGAAUUAAUCUGCCUAAAUAUCACCAUCCGGCUAAAUAUCAAGUCGGUGGAGAACAUGUUUGAUAUGAAGUAG